UUUUUCAUAAUUCAACUAAGUGAUUUAAUUUAAAAUGCCUCUUUUCAAGAUAUGGUCAGGCGAUCAUUUAGUCAAAAGAGCAGUUAUUGCUGAAGAUUUUGAUACGGUGAUAGUAAAGGUGUCUGAGAAGUUCCAAUUUUCUCCUGCUAAAAUUGUUGUAAAUAGUGAUAGAACGGAAAUAGAUAAAAGUGAUGUUUUACUUAGUCUUUCAAGUGAAGUGUUGUUAGCUCUUCGUGAUGGCGAGGAAUGGCAAGUUUACAAUUCUGUAACUGCAACAAGUCUCCUGAAAAAGUGUCAUCUUGUAUUCAAUCAUUGUUUUCUUCGCCAAUUUCGCUGUUACAAGAAGGUGAAUCUAGUAGCACUGAGCAUAUGCUCAAUAAAUCUGGAUUGCCAUCAUUCCCAACAGUAUACUGUAUAUCAAUGCUCCCAAAGCACAUAACAGCAGCACUAGAGAAAGCCUGCUCUAAAGCGGAUCUAGAUGUGUCGAGUGAGCAGCAGUUAAUUAGAAUUGUUUAUGAUGAUCUGCUGCAAUAUUUUUUGUAAG